UUGAAAGCUGUUGAAGCGCGAUAUUUAUGUUGACUGAGAUUUUUGGAUGGACUUAAUUUUUUAACUGCAAAUCAAGCGAUAGACCUGGUCAAUCAAAGGCAAUCCGAAGGUGAUCAGCAUCAGUAUUGUGGAUAGUUGUUUUUGUUUGGCUUUAAUCGUAAACGGAGUCCCUCACACGUUGGAUAUUGUAUUACGGUUGCAUGAACGAGCGAAUUUGCGUGUAUUAAAAAAUCUUAGUAACUUGUAAUUUGGAUAAACUGGCGAACUGCGUCCAAGAAAAAGCGUGAUACAAGGGUAAAUACGCCCCUUCAGCACACAGCUGCCAAGCAAAUGAACGGUUGACAUGCCACCUGGGAUGGUGUGUGUUUUCUGUUGUUUUUUCUCAAUACUGUUCGGCCGCAUGCUCACCCAGAGCUCUGCUUUCUCCAGCCGCUACCCUACUUUCUUCCGCAAUGACUCCUACUUUGAGCACAUAGCUUUGCACCCAGACCCUGCAUUGGGUAGGGUCUAUUUAGGCGCCCGUGAUCGGAUUUACCAGCUUUCUAUCAAGCUUGAGCUUGAGGCAGAGGAAGAGACUGGGCCUGUGAUGGACAGCCGUGACUGCCUACCUCCAAUUAGUGAAGCCAGCUGCCCGCAGGCUAAAUGGACUAGCAACUACAACAAGCUACUACUUGUGGAUCCUUACAGUCAAGAGCUCAUUAGUUGUGGAAGUGUUUAUCAAGGAAUAUGUCAGAAAAGAAGUUUGAAUGCAUUGGGGAUAGUACUGUUCUCAGCGGAGAGGCCUGUGGAUACACAGUACGUGGCAGCUAAUGACCCCAAUAUCUCUACAGUAGGACUGGUAGCGCUCACACGAGGGCGCGGGAAACAGCAGCCGGUACUGUUUGUGGGACAUGGUUAUACUAGCAGCCAACCCCCAAUCUCUACUCGUAACUUGGCUAUGGAUCCCGUUUUCUCAUACGAAGAAACGUCAAAGUUAGCGGUGGCAGGGAGACUUUCUGAGUACGACCAUCAUUUUGUGACAUCAUUUACCCAUCACUCACAUGUAUACUUCCUGUUCUACCGGAGGGAUUUAAAGUCACAGUCAAGAGAAUAUCGCACAUAUGUUUCCCGUAUGUGUUUGGAUGAUGCUGCAUAUUAUUCAUAUGUCGAAGUUCCAUUAAGCUGCAUAUCAGCUGGAGGAAAGAAUUACAACCUCCUGCAAGCUUUGCAAGUAGGCGUGCCAAAGUUGGGCAAGGCUAGGGGAAUGGAAGGUAUUUCUGCUUCAGCACAAGGGGUUCUGUUGGGGGUGUUUUCCACCUGUUUCGCUGCCUCUAGUCGGCCCAGUGAAGAGUCUGCAGUAUGUGCGUUUUCACUGGAGGAAGUGGAUAAACGUAUCAAUGCCACAAGAGAUCUGUGCUACACUGAAAUGGGUCGUGCAGAUGGACAAGAGGCUGCCUACAUUGAGUAUGAGGUCAAAUCAAACUGUGCCAAUCUUCCUGUGAACACACUGGAUGCUUACCCAUGUGGCUCUGAUCACACCCCUAGUCCAAUGGCAAGCUGGGUGCCUGUGGAGGCUGAGCCAAUAUUUGACAGCCCAUCUGUCCGUCUCACUGCUGUCGCUGUGAGUGUAAGGGAGGAACAUACUAUUGCCUUUAUAGGAGACUCCCAAGGGAACUUACACAAGGUCUUUCUGGGUCCAAACGGUGAGGUGGAAGAAUAUGCCGUAAUCUCCAUUCAGCCCAAUGCACCAAUCAGCAGAGAGCUCCAACUUGACCAACAAGAAAAGUAUCUGUACAUCUUGACAAGCAACAUGGUGGAGAAGAGGCCCGUAGCAGAAUGUCAGAUGCAUUCAGACUGUCAGUCCUGUCUGUUAGCUCAUGAUCCAUAUUGUGGCUGGUGUGUUCUUGAGGGGAAGUGUGGGCUGCGUAGUGAGUGUGCACGCGGGGGUUGGAAAGAUCAGUGGCUUUGGAGCUUUGAUGUGGAGCAACAAUGCCUGAGUGUUGAGCUCUUCAAUCCAUCCAACAUCAGCCGCAACGAGAGAAGAAAUAUCUCUUUAUCCAUCCUUGGCCUUCCCUUUCUGGCAGAAGGAGAGUAUUACUCUUGUGUCUUCCAGGACAGUUCAAGUUUGGCUGUUGUCACAGAGGCUGGUGUCACCUGCUCCUCCCCAGAAAUACACACAUUGCCAGCUGUGCCACCUGGUCAAGAUUUUGUAAGAGUCACUCUGUCCCUACAGUUCAGGGAUGUUGUUGUGACUUCUCUGGAAUUUACCUUUUAUGACUGCACAGCUGUCAAGCAGCUUGCCGGGAGCAUGCCCUGCCAUGGUUGUGUGCAAAGCCACUGGGGCUGCAACUGGUGUGUGCACCAGCACAGGUGUACCCACAAGACCAUGUGUGAUGAGGGACUGAUCAUCUAUAAUGAACAUUGGAAAUCUCUCCACACACAACCUCCUGCAACCAAAGCCCCAAAAACUGCAUUCUCGGCCUCACCGGUCACAACGCAAAAGGUCCCUGAAACCAUGACUUAUACUAAACCUCCAACUACUAAACCUGAAAAUAUAACUACUACACUGGAAUCACUAACCACCCCUGCACCUGUGAAACCAAUACCACCAACUGAGGUUUCUUCCUUUUUCAACCCAUCUGCUGCUCCCAAAAGUGCCUUUCUCCCCUCUUCCACAGCCGGAGCCCUGGCUACCACAGUACAGCCAGCCUUCACACUCUCUUUGCCAGAGAACAUUUCAGAACAAAAGCUUCUAGUUACAAAACCUGAAACGGAGGCUUUGGACACCGAUGUGGUUACGCUUACCAGUUUGGAAGUCUCUUUAAAAACGGACUUGCCGUUACUCAAAGCUGCCGAGGAGAAAAGACUGCCAUCGUCACCGGGUUCAAGUCAGACAUUCCCUCUCACAGAAAUGCCAAGACUAGUGCUGACAGCCACACGUGAUCCUCCACACAUCUUAACAGAAACACUGCAGUCAGCUCACCCCACAAAUGAAACUCAAUCUACUGAUUUACCUGCAAAUCCUGACCCAGACAUGUCUGAUGACCUCUUGCCCUCAUCCGAGAGAGUGCCACCUGCUGUGCCCUCAGAGAAGACCAUUUCCGCUGUCCGUGACGUGGAGGAAACCGAAGAGGUGGAACUGGCAGAGAAUGAAACGCUCACAUUUUCUGCAUCUACAGUCUUAUCAGGGGACGGAGAAUCAGAUGGUGAUGCCCCAAUAUACCUCCACCUCCUGAGAACAGACUUCGGAGCUGAUUACCAGGAUGACCUGGCUGACCUAUCGGCUGAUGAAGGCUCAUCUGUCAAUUGGGGGGCAUCUGCCUGCCCGUGUGUGGAGAAGAUUCAAGGAUCCUCUUUACUUCCUGUACACACCGAUAGGAAGAUUUCUCUGCUGGCACGCAAUUUGCAGCUCUAUCAGGACGAGGAACUGGAGUACGAGUGUGUAUUGGUGAUCGAGGGGCAGACGGUGGUAGUUGAUGCCGAUGUGCUGGUGAAUGAGGCGAAUCCUUCACUGUUUGACAUCACCUGUCUUGCUCACCAGUAUUCCUAUUCCGAUCCAGUUAAGGAGUAUAAUGCCAUGGUGUAUGUGAAGAGAAAAGACACUUUUCAUAUUGAUAGCACUGAUCUUUACGUGACGUUGUAUAACUGUUCAGUUGGACACUCGGACUGUAGCCGCUGUCACUCUGCAGAUCAGAAGUACAGCUGUGUGUGGUGUAGAACUCCUCAGUCCAGUUGUGUUCACAGAGAGUCCUGUUUCCAGCGCAUCGAACUGACCUGUCCUGCUCCUCUCAUUCAUGCAGUGGAGCCUCUGUCUGGUUUGGUGGAGGGAGGCAUUACUUUAACUAUUUCUGGAUCUAACUUGGGACAAAAAGCUCAGGAUGUCCUACAGUCUGUGACUGUCGCGGGUGUGCCCUGCACUGUUAUACCACACCUAUAUGAGAUAUCCUCCAGAAUUGUAUGUUUAACUACAUCAAGUGGAGAGGAGAAGUCAGGUCACAUCUCAGUGAAAAUCACGGGUGGAGGAUUUGGCCUGUCGAGUCAGCGAUUUUGCUAUCAGGACCCUCAGCUGAAGGAAGUUUCUCCUCAAAGGGGACCGCAGGCGGGUGGAACAAUUCUGACCAUCAGAGGCAGAAAUCUGUUGACGGGUCCUGUUGCUGACAUCAGUGUCCUGCUGGGGAAUCUGCCGUGUGCAUUAGUUUCAGUUGUUCAGGAGGACAAUAUCAAGUGUCUUACCGGCGCUAGUAACCAGACAGGAGAACACAGGGUGACUGUGCGGUACGGGAACAGUGAUCGACAUCUCCAUGGCAAUGGUUACCACUACACCCCUGACCCGAACAUUACUCGUGCCAUGCCCUCGAAGAGCUUUAUGAGUGGUGGUCGUGUAAUAGAAGUUUUGGGCCAGAAUCUUGAUGUUGUUCAGGACCCACGGAUGCGAGUGACGGUGGUCCCCACAGACUCCAUCUCCCACUGGAGCAAACGCAGUCAGAAGAGAAGAUCUAGGAGUGACCACUACACUAUCAAACAGUUUGAAGAGCAUUGUGAGGUGAAAAACUCUUCUCUACUUCUUUGCCGGACCCCUGGUGUGGAUGCUCAAGUAGAUGGUGCACACAUGCAGGUGGAGUUUCUUUUGGAUAACUUGCACUUUAACUUUAACUCAGUCAGCCAAUCAGCUUUCACCUAUGAGCCUAACCCGACCCUCCAUCCCCUGAACCGCCACGAUCGCACAAAGCCAUUUCGCUACAAACCUGGAUCUGUGAUAUCGGUGGAGGGGGACAAUUUAGACGUGGCCAUCUCUAAAGAGGAAGUGGUUGCACUGAUUGGUGAGGGGGUUUGUGCUGUUAAAACACUAACACACAAUCACCUGUACUGUGAGCCACCGGCCCUGCAGCCCUCACCCUCCCUUAGGCAUGAACGUAAGCGGGAGGGAUCUGACUCUUUUCCAGAAUUUACAGUGCAUAUGGGAAACCUGAACUUUUCCCUGGGACAAGUGCAGUAUGAUUCUUUCAGUCACUCCACCUUUCCGCUGGUGGCACAGAUUGGGGUUGGAGCAGUUGCUUCUCUUGUUGCCCUUAUUGUUCUCAUGAUUGUGUUUAUAUACAGGAGAAAGAGUAAACAAGCUCUGAGAGAUUUUAAGAAGGUGCAGAUCCAGCUGGAGAAUCUGGAGACCAGUGUGAGAGACCGCUGCAAGAAAGAGUUCACAGACCUGAUGACUGAAAUGAUGGAUAUGUCGAGUGAUCUGGUGGGAUCGGGGAUUCCGUUCUUGGAGUACCGUAUGUAUGCUGAACGCAUCUUUUUCCCGGGACAUCGUGAGUCCCCACUUCGCAGAGAGCUGGAUGUGCAGGAGUGUCGACGGCCCACAGUCGAGCAGGGACUCAUUCAGUUAUCAAAUCUCCUCAACAGCAAACUCUUCCUCACAAAGUUCAUCCACACUCUUGAGAGCCAGAGGACAUUUUCACCCAGAGACAGAGGAUAUGUGGCAUCUCUGCUCACUGUAGCUCUUCACAGCAAACUCGAGUACUUCACCGACAUUCUCAAAACACUGUUAAAUGACCUGGUGGCACAGUAUGUUGCCAAGAACCCCAAGCUCAUGCUCCGUAGAACUGAGACAGUAGUCGAAAAGCUGCUGACCAACUGGAUGUCUAUCUGUCUCUAUGCUUUUUUAAGGGAAUCAGCUGGUGAGCCUCUGUACAUGCUCUUCCGAGCAAUUAAACACCAGGUGGAUAAGGGGCCAGUGGAUGCAAUGACUGGCAAAGCCAAAUACACCUUAAAUGAUAACCGCUUACUGAGAGAGGACCUGGAAUACCACACUCUGACACUGAACGUCUUGAUGCAGGAAAUUGGUAUGAAUGAGGCACAGCCAGUUCCUGCUAAAGUUUUGGAUUGUGACACUAUAACCCAGGUGAAGGAGAAGAUACUCGACCAGGUGUUCAAGGGCACAUCAUACUCCCAUAGACCACACACUGACUCAGUGGACCUGGAAUGGCGCUCCGGUGUAGCAGGACAUUUAAUUCUCUCAGAUGAAGAUCUUACAUCUGUCUGUCAAGACAACUGGAAACGUCUUAACACACUCCAGCAUUAUAAGGUUCCAGAUGGAGCGAUGGUUGCUUUGGUGCCAUGCCAUAGUAAACAUAUUCACCAUGACACCCAUGAUUACGUUGCAGGGGAACAGACACCCAUGCUAGAGGAUGUGGAUGAGGGAGGGGUGAGGCUGUGGCAUCUGGUGAAGGCCAGUGAGGAGUCAGAGUUAACCAAACACAGACGAGGUAGUUUAAGAGAGCGAGAAAGAGCCAAGGCCAUACCUGAGAUCUACCUCACGAGACUGCUGUCAAUGAAGGGUACACUACAGAAGUUUGUGGAUGAUCUAUUCACAGUUAUUCUGAGCACCAGUCGACCGGUUCCACUGGCAAUCAAAUACUUCUUUGACUUGCUGGAUGACCAGGCAGUGCACCAUGGUAUUUCAGACUUGGAAACUAUUCACAUCUGGAAAACUAAUAGUUUGCCACUGCGUUUCUGGAUCAACAUUGUGAAGAACCCUCAGUUCAUCUUCGAUGUGCAGGUGUCGGAUAAUGUGGAUGCAGUUUUGUCAGUAAUUGCUCAGACCUUCAUGGACUCCUGCACUACCGCAGAGCAUAAACUUGGCAGGGAUUCACCUAUUAAUAAGUUGCUGUAUGCCAGAGAUAUCCCACGCUAUAAGCAGAUGGUUGAACGAUAUUAUGCAGACAUCAAGCAGACGAUCUCUGCCAGCGACCAGGAGAUGAACUCCGCUCUGGCUGAGCUCUCCAGGAAUUACUCUGGAGAACUAAAUUACCUGGUGGCCCUGCAUGAGCUCUAUAAGUAUAUAAACAAAUACUACGAUCAGAUCAUUACUGCCUUAGAGGAAGAUACCAUCGCUCAGAAGAUGCAGCUGGGCUACCGGCUUCAACAGGUUGCUGCAGCUGUAGAAAAUAAAGUGACAGACUUGUGAUCUUGGACAACAAAGUGAAAGACAUGGCCUUACAACAGAACAGGGAUGGACUGGCCAUCAGUUGGAUAACGAAGCGCUCAAGGGGGAUCCAAUCCAUCAGUUCACUGGUGGUAAUAAUCGAAUGUGCUUCCGCAGUUGCCAAGUUCCCUUUUUACCUGAACCUGUUUAAAAGCAAUAACAUACCAAAACUGGCAGUGUAAUAAAAUGUUAAAGAAAAUACUUUUAGUGUGUUAGGGUUUGUAAGUCAUAGUUUUUGUCUUUUUUAUUUGUGUCAUUAUUAUUAAAUGGCAUUACCUGUCAGAUAUCACUCAAAUAGGUCCCAUGAAAUAUCACACCUGUCUCGGUAAACAGUGGAGAAAAAGAUGCCAUCGUGCACGGUCAGAUCAUUUGUUUAGCCAAACAGAACGAUUUCUGUCUGUCAAUCAUUGUGUGCGUUCACAGGGCCGCUCAUAUAUGCUCGUGUAAGUGCACGAUCUGCUCCAUCUCUGACUACAACGGUCUCCAAGUGUGCACGUGCCUUUGGAUUGAGGGGUUUUAGAAAGAGUCAGUCUGGCUAAUUCAACAACUAAGGCUUGUGGAAGUUCCAGAACGGCUAAAAUCGCUCACAGCACCUUUAACUAUGUCUAAUAAUACAAUCUCUUUUAGAUAACAUAGUCUAUCAGAUAGAUUCUGUGUUUUAUAUAGUGUAUAGUGAGUGUUUUCAAACAGGUCAUAUCAUUUUAAUGUGAUUAAUGUUGGUCUGUUGGUAUCUUUUAAUAAGCCUUUAUUAAUUCAGGGUGGCAGCAUCGGGUUGAAUUCAUAGGAAUGAUCUGUUAUCACAUCCUCUAACAUUUCAAUGGUAAGAAACUGUAUAUUUUUACAUUUGAGAGACAUAAUGAUAUAGGCAAUUGUAAAGAUAGUAUUGCAAAAUUGUAGCCAUCGUGUAAGAAAAUACGAUAUUGUGUGUACAACCCCAAAUCCAAAAAACUUGGGACAGUGUGCAGAAUGCCAAUAAAAAAUAAAAAACAAAAAGCAGUGGUUUGUAAACUCGAUUCACCCUGUGCUAUAUUGAAAGCACUACAACACAUUAUUCGAUGUUUUACCAUGUGAAUUUAUUAUUUAUUUAUUUUUUAAAUAUACACUCAUUUCAAAUCGGAUGAUUGGAACACACUCCUAAAAAGUUGUGACAGUCGAGUGCUUAACACUGUAACAUCAUUUCUUCUAAUCAUCCAUUGAGCAGGUCUUCAGCUGCCUUCGUUGCCAUAUUCUGCACUUCAUAAUGCGGCACACAUUCUCAAUUGGAGAUGGUCAGGACUGCAGACUGGCCAAUCUCUCACAGCAUGCACUUGUAAUCCGGGCAGUGUGUGGUUUGAAGUUGUCCUGCUGGAAAAUGCAGGGACGACCCUGGAAAUGAUGGUGCUGGUUGGCACACCCCCAUACCAUUACAUAUACCGGCUUUUGGACCUGAUGCUAAUAAGAGCUUGGAUGGUCCUUUUCCUCUUUGAUCCGGAGAACACAACACAGAUUUAUGCCAAAAACUACUUCAAAUGUGGAAUUAUCGGACCACAAAACAUGACUCCUCUGUUCUACUUUCCAUCUCAGAUGAGUGUGAGCCCAGAGACGUCAGCAGCGCUUCUGGACAGUGUUGGUAUAUGGCUUAUCCUUUGCAUAGUUAAGCCUUAACUUGCAAAUGUUUACCAAAGUAUUCCCGAGGCCGUGUCAUUAUAUGGUUUUUAAGACGUGAGAUAUCGGAGAUUGUGCACAUUCAGAAGUGGUUUUCGGCUUUGCCCUUUACUCAGCGUGAUUUGACCAGAUUCCUUGAAUACUUUAAAUGUAUUGUGCACUGUAGAGGGUGAAAUGCCCCAAAUCCUUCCAAUUUGUCAAUGGGGAACACUAUUCUGUAAGCGCUGGAUUAUUUGCUGAUGCGUCUGUUGGCAAAUUGGCGAGCCUCAACCAAUUCCUGAUCUUAAAGGACUAGACUUUUUUGGAAGCUCCCUAUAACAUGAUUGCCUCACCUGUUCAACAUCACCUAUUUCACAUCACUACAUUGUCCCUGUCUCAGCUGUUUUGUAAUGUGAUGCAGGCAUCAAUUUAGAAAACAUGUAUCUCUUCAAAAGCAAUGCUUUUCAUUAGGGAAGUACUUUUGCCUUUCUACUAUAUUUGUUUGAACUCAAGUCAAAGUACAUUUACAAAUCACUUGUUUGUUUUUACUGGCAUUUUGCAAAUUGUCCGAACUUUUUUGGAAUUGGGGUUAUAAAAUAAAAUUGUGCUUAUACUGUAUAUUUAUCAAUGAUGGCUGCUGGUUACUUUAAUGUCUAUUUCAUUCUGCACAUUAUAUGUAAAUAUUAUAAUUCUUUGCAACUAACAUUUGGAUCAGAGACUAUUUUUAAACACUGAACAUUGAAAACCUGAGAUAAAUAGAAAUUGUAAG